GAAAAGAACUGAGAAAGAGAGAGUGUUACCUUGUCGCUCAAGUCGGGUUUCUUUCUAAGAUUGCCGCUGCAAAAAGCAGGGUGCGAAAGAGCUGAAGCGAGAGAACAAUGGCGCGAUACGAUAGGGCUAUCACUGUCUUCUCCCCCGAUGGUCAUUUGUUUCAAGUGGAAUAUGCUCUCGAAGCCGUGCGGAAGGGCAACGCCGCUGUCGGUGUUCGUGGCACUGAUACUGUCGUCCUCGGUGUUGAGAAGAAGGCUGCGCCUAAGCUCCAGGACUCAAGAUCUGUGAGGAAGAUUGUGAAUCUUGAUAAUCAUAUUGCACUUGCUUGUGCUGGGCUCAAGGCAGAUGCACGUGUCUUGAUAAAUAGAGCUCGCAUUGAGUGUCAAAGCCAUCGGCUUACAGUUGAGGAUCCAGUAACUGUGGAAUAUAUUACUCGUUACAUUGCAGGUCUUCAGCAGAAGUAUACUCAAAGUGGUGGAGUACGACCAUUUGGCCUCUCAACCUUGAUUAUAGGUUUUGAUCCAUAUACUGGCGCACCCUCACUUUAUCAGACAGAUCCUUCUGGGACGUUUUCAGCUUGGAAAGCAAAUGCAACUGGUAGAAACUCCAAUUCAAUAAGAGAAUUCUUAGAGAAAAAUUAUAAGGAGACUUCUGGUCAGGAAACUGUGAAGCUUGCUAUCCGUGCAUUACUUGAGGUUGUUGAGAGUGGGGGAAAGAACAUAGAGGUUGCUGUGAUGACAAAAGAGCAAGGACUGCGACAACUGGAAGAAGCUGAAAUUGAUGCUCUCGUUGCAGAGAUUGAAGCAGAAAAAGCAGCUGCCGAGGCUGCAAAGAAAGCUCCUCCCAAGGAAACAUGAACCCUUUUCCUCCACUUCUUCAGGCAUUUCUUAAUCUUUUACUUUUCUGGUGUAGUGCAUGAAUCGUUAAAUUUUAUUUUGAAAUUUCAAACGUGUAUCAUUGACAUGAGGUGGCCAUAGAUGUAGCCUCUGAAAAAUGCCCUAUUUCAAUGGGAUUCCAAAAUGGUCUGAUUACUAUUGUCGUUUAGAAGGUCUAAAUAGUACUCCAAACAUGGUUGUGAUGCAUGCUUUCAUAGCCUACGCUUGUUGGAGGUGAGCCUAAAGAGAUUUGUAUGAAUUUGAAUAGGAACUAGAGAUUAACUUGG